GCUCUCAGUAUGUGUAUAUAACUCUGAUGGUGUAACCUGGUUCCAUCAGCAACGUCGGGUCCUCUCUCUGACCCACAGCCACAGACAUGACGCCCUCUCUGGGAUGGCUCUCAGCCCUGGUCGCGGGGUUUUUCUCCGCUCAUGUGCUGCAGAAACUCUGCUUCCCGUACUUCUGGAGGGACCUUGUGUUUCUGCUCAGGGUGAUCAGAUACGGGGUGACCGUGGAGCUGUUUAAGCUGAGAUCCAGCGUGCGCACGGUUCUGGACCGGUUCAUCCAGCAGGCGCAGCGCGUCCCGGACAAACCUUUUGUCAUCUACGAGGGAAGCGUGCACACCUACGGGGACAUCGAGAGGCGCAGCAACAGACUGGCGCAUGUGUUCCUGGAGAAGGUGAAGUUGAGGAAAGGAGAGUGCAUUGCCUUGCUCAUGAGCAACGAGCCCGACUUCCUGAACGUUUGGUUCGGGUUGUCCAAGGUGGGCUGCUCGGUGGCUUUCCUGAACAUCAACAUAAAGUCCAAGUCUCUGCUGCACUGCGUGAACUGCUGCGGGGCCAAGACUCUGAUAGUUGGUGCAGAUCUGGUGGACAGUAUGAACGGGAUCCUCAGCAGCCUGCAGGAGGACAACAUCCAGGUGUGGGCCAUGAAGAGCCACAGCGAGCACCCGCACGUGCACACUCUGCUGGAUAAGGUGCAGGACGCCUCCGAGCUGCCGGUGCCAGCAGCGCUGCGGGCCGUCACCUCCGUCAAAACCCCCAACCUGUACAUCUUCACCUCUGGAACCACGGGACUCCCUAAGGCUGCAGUGAUCACUCACCUGCAGAGCCUGAAGGCGGCAGCGGGGUUCUGGGCGUUUGGAGCGACCAAAGAUGAUGUCAUGUACGUCCCUCUGCCGCUCUACCACAGUGCUGCCUCGCUCAUCGGGAUAGGAGGAACCAUAGAACUGGGUGCUACCUGCAUCUUGAAGAAGAAGUUCUCUGCCUCCCAGUUCUGGAACGACUGCAGGAAACACAACGUGACGGUCUUCCAGUAUAUCGGUGAACUCUGCAGGUACCUCUGCAACCAGCCUCAGACAGAGGAGGAUACGGUCCACAAGGUGCGGAUGGGCGUGGGGAACGGGCUGCGGCAGGACGUCUGGCGACAGUUCCAGAGUCGCUUCGGGAACGUGAAGAUGUGCGAGGUGUACGGCUCCACGGAGGGAAACCUGUGCUUCAUGAACCACAUCGGGAAGAUCGGGACGGUGGGCCGCUCCAACUUCUUCUACAGACUCCUGUUCAAGUAUGAUCUAAUAAAGUAUGACAUGGUGAAUGAUGAACCAGUGAAGGAUCAGCAUGGUUUCUGUCAGCCAGUGAAAAAGGGUGAGACGGGGCUUCUACUGUCCAAGGUGGGCGCCUUGAGCCCGUUCUUCGGCUACGCUGGAAGCAAGCAGCUGACUGAGAGGAAGCUGAUGAGGAACGUCUUUGUGAAGGGAGACGCAUACUUCAACAACGGCGACCUCAUGGCAGAAGACCAGGAGGGCUUCAUCAGUUUCAAAGACAGAGUGGGGGACACCUUCAGGUGGAAGGGAGAGAAUGUAGCCACGACAGAGGUGACGGAGACUCUGGGGCUGGUGGAGUUUAUCCAAGAAGUCAACGUGUAUGGAGUGGAAAUUAAUGGGAACGAGGGCAGAGCAGGCAUGGCAGCCAUGAUCGUCAGACCGGGCUUCACCUUCGAUGGGAGCAAACUGUUCGAGCAUGUGAUGAGAGAUCUACCGGCCUACGCUCGCCCUCUGUUCAUCAGGCUUCAGGAGGAGAUGGAGAUGACGAGCACCUUUAAGCAGCAGAAGUUCCAGCUGGUGCAGAGCGGCUUCAACCCCUCCACCAUCUCCGACCCCCUGUACGUGUUGGACUACCAGCAGCAAAGCUACGUUCCCCUCACAGACUCCAUCUACCACAGCAUCCUCGCCGGGGAGCGCAAGCUAUAGACAACCCCCCCCCCCCCCCCCACAGUGUGGAGAACAUGAACUGUACAUGCAGCACGUUGUAAUAGAACCUGAGGGCCUGCAGCCAAUGGUUCACUGAAGACUGAAGGAAAGCGUCUAGAGGAGGAACACCUGAGCACUAACGUCCAAUGAGAUUCUUCUUCAACAUCAUAUAACUUCUUUUUUUACCCCCCUACACCUUCAGCUGAAACACUGUGCUUAUAACCAGAAAGAAACCCCUUCAUUUAAUGGAAACACUACAGAAAAACACCUACAUUAAAAGGCCUUCAUACAUGAAAUAUAUAUAUAUAUAUAUAUAUAUAUAUAUAUAUAUAAAAUGUGGUAUAAAGGUUGACGUAAGGGGUCUAAAUUAUUUUCAGCUGCUCAGUUGUGAUUAGGCUUCAUUGGUUUACUAAUUUUGGGCCAAAUUAAUGGAUAAAUUAUUGAUAAGAACAAAUGAAGGUACUGUAAAUUAUAUAAAGCAGUGUUGGUUGUCUUUCUAGAUGAAUUAAAGGGGUACAUUGUCCUUUAAAAAGUUCCCUUUAAGACAUUUAGUGCCUUAAUUUCAUUAGUUCUUUAAGAUGAAUGAAUGGCUUUUUGAUUUACACAACUUCAUAGUUUAUAAACCUAAAGAUGGACUCCUGUUUUUCCACUGAUUUGACUUUAAAUGUCCACAUUAUAUCGACCAAUCACAGCACACACUGUAUUUCAUUUUCCAUGAAACACAACGGUUGUAUUUUGUCUCGACAUUGAGAUUAAUUUGCCAUAUCAAAUGUUUCUGAUUCCAGAAUUUAUUUAUUUAUUUAAUUUGUGUUUUCUUUCCUUAAUUUUUUCUUAUAGAAUGGGAGGAUGAAACCCUCUUCAUUGUCACAUACAUGCACACAGCAGAGCACACACAGUGAAAUUGGUCCUCUGCAUUUAACCCAUCCUAGUUCUAGGAGCAGCGGGCAGCUAUCAUGCUCCCGGGAAUUUGUGCUGCUACAGACAUUUUAGUGCAAUUAAAGGUCUUUAAAAUAGAUGCUAAUUCAGGGAGGGCUGACCACAAUGAGCUUACUGUUUCCAGUGUCCAUCCACAGCUAAUGUAUUAUAUUACCACUGCUAUAGGAGCGAGUAGAAAGCAAACACACAGACAGAGACAUGCGGUCAAACAGCUAACAUUAAAGGUCCCCUAUUAUGCAAAAUCCACUUCCUCAUGUCUUUUAUCUAUAAAUGUGUGUCCCCUGUGUCACAAUGUUUUUGGCUUGUGCAACCAUUAGCUUUUAACCAACCAAGGUCACCUGAUCACCUGGAUCUCCUCCUAGAGCGCCAUUGUGUUUUUUUUAACCAAUCACGUCUCAGAGGGGGCGUGGCCAGCAGCAGCUCAUUAGCAUUUAAAGCUACAGACACAGAAUCAGCACUUUAGGAACAGGGCUGAAACAAUGAUAUGUUUGGUGUUUCAGCCAAUCAGAGACAGGCUCUGUAAAUAUCUGAGGCUAUAUUGAGUAUAAUAGGGGACCUUUAAGCGAUAUGUAUGUCAUGUACAGUAAGUGCAGCACUGAAGCCUUUCAUGCACACAGAGGAAUUAUUACAGACUUUUAUUUUUGGGUCUUUCACUUUUUAAUGUUUCCGAUCAUGUGUGUAAACAGAUAAACUGCGUCUGUUGUUGUUGACAUGUCAGACAUUGUUGUAGUGGAGCAAAUUGAACAACCCGAGAAACUGAGACCACAUUUUUCACCUGUCUGUCUUUGUGCUGAAGACACGGAUAUAAAUUAAAAGUGAAUCUGAA